AUGGGCGUGUGCGGCGUGUGCGAGCACUCUAACCCGGCGCCUUGCCCUUGCGGGCUCUUCGCAAGCCAUGUAGGCAGCCGGCCCUUGGUGAGUCCAAAUGUCGUGAACGAGUUCGGCCCAGAUGUCAUCAGUAGGUUGCCAGAGAAAAUCCUCGGUGAGCAAUGGCUAUGUUAUAAAGUCGAGGAUGAGGAGUUUCAAUUUGGGUGUUCGAUUUGCGCGGAGCUGGCGCCAGCGUGCAAUAAGGAUAUCUUUGCGACCUUUUCUUGCAAGACGACUUCGCAGCUCCGCCCGUGCCGUUUGAAGGUGCACGAGACGUCCGACGCCCACGUGGCCGCAGUUGGGGUCCUCUUGUAUUCGUUGAUCGGCGAGUCUGCCCCGUCCGGAGUCGGCCGCAUCCCAGAGAACGCGAGCCCAUCAAGCGAGCAAUUCCAGGCGCUCUUGAAGUGGAUGCGAGACGGUGGCGCCAUCAGCAAGGGCGUGCCUGCGGUCGGCACAUGCCGCAAAUGCAAAAAGAUGAUCUUCUGUUUGGCUGAGGGAAACAAGAGAAUGCACAGGGCGUGGCUGAAGGAGGCAGUCAGCGUGAACAUACUUCGGGACGAACGCCACUCGCGACUGCUAGUUCGUUUCCGCUGUGCAGAUGCGAUGGCAAACCACCGCAUCGGGGUCAUGGGCCAGCCGAAGGUCACCAAGGGCACGUCGACCAACAUUUCAAGUGCGACGGAUGAGCUGUUCAAGCAGUUCGCUACUAAGAACUUUGGAGCUCCAUACAUCGACCCAAAAGACGCCAAUAUACAAUACGAUGAGGACUUGUACAACCACAUGCGCAUCAGCGUGCAUGCAUUGACGGUCGAUGCGGCAUCGAACGAGGUGGCUUCGGCGGAAAACAUGAUGUCAAACCAGUCUGUUAUCUCGCAGAGGAUUGGUCAAGAGGCUUUUGCGCCCAACCUGAAGUUCAUCAUCCGCGACAAGGCGCACGCCAGCCGUCGGAUAUUGCAAAGGCCAUGGGCGUGCGACACCUACUUGUCUUUCGUCGCCAACUGCCUCAUCACGGAAUCUUCGAGCAUAGCGCAGCUGAUUCAGCAUUCGGGCGACCUCCGAGCCAUCUAUACUGAGUGCUCCCGCAAAUCGUCAACAAAGGUUGUGAGCUCCACGUUUUCCAACAUGAGGGCGGCCAAGCACAGAUUUGAGUCCAUGUGCACACCCCUUUCCAGAAUCUGUCUCGACUGGGAGGCGUGCUUUUCGUUCCUCGCGCGGGUGGUUGUGGAGCGGCAGGACAUUGGCGACAGGGCUUUUCGAUUCGCCAAGUCAUGCCUGAUCAACAUCGACGAGGAGUUGAUGCUGCAGGCGGCGAUGCUAGCAGACGCGGCAGAUGAGUGCAUGUGCCUGAUCAGGUUCUUCGACACGCCAGAGCCGGAUUCAGCGCUAGUAUGCAAACAGGUCGCCGACUUCACAGAGGUAGUCCACAAGCUGUUUUGCGAUGGGCAUGUUUUCACCGUGGAGGGGCGCACCCAGGUGUGCUUGAAGUUCUUGCAGGACGCUACGCAUUUUAUGGCUGAUGGCGAAUUGCGCUCUGUCGGCGGGCCCAGGGCAGUCACGGCAGCACUCAGGGACCGCGUUCUCCGGCGCAUGACCGCGUGGGCGCACUUGGCCGUCCAGGUCGUGCGGGCCGAACACCCAGAUUUUGAGAUUAUCUCGUCCUUCUGCUGCUUUGACCUCAACAGCUGGGUUGACCAAACAGCGCAAGACUUUCUUCGGCGCCACGGGCGCCCCAAGCACUUCGACGAGUCGCUUGGUCGAAUCGCAAGCAGCAUCGGUUUAUCUUUGGAAGGUCUGAUCUCUGAGUAUUUCGAUUUGGGACGGUUUGCCCGCAGCCAUUUCCUGCAGAAGAAGUCCUCGAACUUGGAGGCCUGGCGGUGGGCCCUGCACUCGACGAGCUCAGCGGCUUCCCGGAAAAGGCACGUGGCCUCGAAUUUGGAGAUGGCGCUCGUGGUGUACAGUUGCUUCACGUCCAGCGAUUCCAUCAUCGAGCACAAUUUCAGCAGAAUUCAAUCUUUUCUUGGCGAUCAGCGUCUCAACGCUGCUGAGACAGUCGAGUCGGACACAGUUGUCGUGUUGUUGAGCGAGCCGCAGUUCGAUGACGUUGUCUUGGGGCGCGCCAGGGACACGUGGAAGGAACUCUACAAGUCCGCGAGGGAUCCCACCGGGGCCAGGUCCGAUAAAGGCGCCCCCAGGCCGGCUCAGCAGCUGGAGCUGCCCACGAUGCCCUCGGAGAAGGGCUUCCUGGAGAAGAGGCGGCAAUCAGUGGCUGAUACGGUCAAAGCCUAUCCACCUUCGAAAGCACCUCGUGUCGAAGACUUGGGCGAUGUCUGGACAGACAAACACAGGCGCGAAGUUGCAUUCAACCUAGAGAAACAACAGAUCAAGAUGUUCGAAUCUAUCAGGGCAGGCACUGCUCGUCCCGAAGAGGUCACGCAAGACAUCAUGGACGAAGCGGAUGAAUAUUUCAAGAAAGUUGGCAAGAACAUGGUCGCGAGAGAGCGGCGGGAGAAAACGCUACAACAGAUUGCGGGUCGGGAGUACCCCUCUCGCGAUGAGCUGGCGGGUCUUAAGAUUUGGGCGGAAGGUGACAUGCGCACGCCUGACAUCAUGGGAAACAUUGCAACCAUGAGUAUGGAACUGGUGGAUGACUACACAGAUGCUAUUGUAAUCAUUACUAACAAUCCAGGACAACUCCCCAGGGAGAUAUCGUUUGCUGCUGGUUUCGUUGGUGCUUGGAUUAUGCAACCUUCUGCGUUUAUCACGGAGCGCCACGGGGUGAGUUUGAAACUCAAGCAGUGCACCAAGACCAGGCGGGCCGUCUUCAUCACUGAGCCCUUUAAGGUCGCCCACCCCGCCAUCGUCGCUUCCAUUCGGAAACACGAGAGCUCUCAGUUCACUUUCCUGCCAGAUAUUGGGAAAUUCGCAACUGAGAAGGACAAGGCCAUCCGGGGCCAGGCGGCUGCGCGGGCAAUUGCUCUGAUUACCGAAGGCGAGCGCCAUAUUUUUGCGAAUGUGCAACACGUGUACAACGUCGAUCAAUUUUUGAAGGUUGCCUACCAAUUAGAUUUACAUAAAUCUUGCCCCGGAGCAGGAUGA